AUGGAAAACCACAACUCGCCCGGAGCUGCGCCCUCGAGUUCGGACCCCAAAGAUCCAGCCUCCUUCCUAUCCUCGAUCAUCGGCGUGCCCGUGACUGUGAAGCUCAAUUCUGGUGUGGUCUACAAAGGCGAGCUGCAGAGCGUGGACGGGUACAUGAACAUCGCACUGGAGAAGUGCAGUGAAUAUGUAGACGGGAAACUGCGACGUAAAUACGGUGAUGCAUUCGUCAGAGGGAAUAAUGGUACGUUCUUCGACAUGCUGCUCCUGCAAACUAGUGGCGCAAAAUAG